UCAUCAUAAAUAAAAUUUACACGUUCAAUCAUAUUCAAACCAACAAAUAAACAUAACCCAAAUUUAUUAUAAGGCCAUUUCUGUAACUUUCCCUUCUGGGUUAUCAUCAUCAUAGAAUUUUUUUUUCCCAUUUUUUUGCAGUUUUUUUUGUAGUAUUGGGUGAGGGAUGGGGGCUUCUCCAUCAGUUCCAGAGAAAUCUAUCCAUCAAUUCACUGUCAAGGAUGCCAGAGGUCAAGAUGUAGACCUUAGUAUCUACAACGGGAAGGUUCUUCUUGUCGUUAAUGUUGCGUCCAAAUGUGGGUUUACUGAUGUGAAUUAUACCCAGUUGACUGAUCUUUAUAACAAGUACAAGGACCAGGGUUUUGAAGUUUUAGCAUUCCCGUGUAACCAAUUUCUGAAACAAGAGCCUGGGACAAGCGAAGAUGCACAAGAUUUUGCUUGUACAAGAUACAAGGCUGAAUAUCCCAUUUUUCAAAAGGUUCGUGUCAAUGGGGCAACUGCAGCACCUGUUUACAAAUUCCUGAAGUCAAGUACAUUUGGAUUUAUGGGUUCUAGCAUAAAGUGGAAUUUUACGAAAUUUUUGGUCAACAAGGAAGGACAAGUCGUCAACCGCUAUGGACCAACUACUACUCCAUUGUCCCUUGAGGAUGAAAUCAAGAAAUUGCUGGGACAGAAGUGAGAAAUACGUAAUCAACGAAUAUCAUCAAUAAAAGAUGAUAGAGACGUACAGUGUUUGAACGGUUAAUCUUCUCUGAUGCGGAGUUGUAAGCUAUGUAGAUCAUUAUUUCCCAUUUGUAUUCAGUUUUCAGAUUAGAAUAUAGAAAAUCUGAGAAAUUAUAUAUAUCUAGCAGCUUGUGUAGAUAGAAAGUUAAAUCAUGUGAUGUGCUGAUGAAGUAUUCAGUUGUAUGUGUGAUUGAGAUGUUCAUGUGUUGGUAUCUAAAUCUGAUUUGUUUUAUAGAAUGUAUCAGAAGAAUUUGCAUUUUA